CCGUCGAUCGUGCAGCUUCCCCGGACGCCGACUUCGACCGCCAACCAUGCUCCACCCCUUGAACCCAACAACCGUAAUCCGGCCCACAUAACAACGCAACCACCGCCGUUCGGUGGUUCGUCUCUUCUCCCGCCUCCCAGGAAACAUGCUGGAAACCCACACUUCAUUCACCCAACCACAGCAGCAGCAAUGACAGCAUACGACGACUACGGUGUGCCCGUCGGCGUUACCUUUGCAGAGCCCGAGAGCCUACCCCAACAGGCGUGGAGAGUCUCGAGGGCUUUUGCGUUCUACAGACUGAAGCCGAGCUUAGAAAGACGGUGGAGAGACAUUAAGGGGAGAAGAUGGACGGAAGGCGGAUUUCGGCGGUGGUUUACACUGGUGAAGUUCUGUGUAGUUGUGUGGUGGGUGGUUGUGUAUUGGGGUGAGCGCAGCGCGAUACCGAGUAGCAUUGAAGCUUGUCGGUGGGACAGUUGGGAGAAAUGGGAUGCUGGCGCAAAUCCACACCGUCUUGUCUUCGUCGCCGACCCCCAACUCAUAGACCCGCAUACGUACCCCGAACGACCCUGGCCUUUCGAUUCCCUGACUAUGAUAUAUGUCGAUGUGUACCUUCGCCGAGCAUUUUCGCAAAUACAGCAUGUUUUAUACCCGGACAGUGUGGUUUUCCUGGGAGAUUUGUUUGAUGGGGGUCGCGAAUGGUCGACACGCACAACCAAAAGCCCGGAAGAGCGAUAUCGAAAGUACGGAGAGAAUUUCUGGUUGAGAGAAUAUAGCAGGUUCGGGGGCAUAUUUUUUGAACAUUGGCGCGAUGCGGGCAUGGAGCCUCGGCCUGGCCAACCUGGAAAGAAGAUUAUAAGCAGCCUGCCCGGAAACCACGAUCUCGGCUUCGCCAAAGGGGUGCAAAUUGGUGUUCGAGAUAGAUUUCAUGCGUACUUUGGCGAUGGGAACAGAAUCGACAUUUUGGGGAAUCACACAUUUGUGUCGAUUGAUAGCGUUUCGCUGAGCGCGAAGGGCCAGUCGAGUCCCGAGACAGUGAGGGACAUUUGGCAACCCACCACGGAUUUCCUCGAUAAGGCAAAGGCACAAAGGAAGAGGCUGGUGCAAAGGGAGCUCCGAGUUCGGAAAGGACUGACACCGUACCCUGGAUUCGCACACAAGGCUUUCCAGUCCGAGGAGAUUCCCAAGGCGGAGAUACGUCAUGCAGAUGAUGAUGUUACCGAGUUCCCAACUAUACUGCUGAGUCACGUACCAUUGUAUCGUGAGAGAGGAACUCCCUGUGGACCACUGAGAGAACGUUGGCCACCUACCCCAGUAGGCAAGGGUGAAGACCCUCUUGAAAAAGAUGACAGGAAUGCCAUCUCUGUGAGCGGGGGGUAUCAAUACCAGAACGUCCUGAACCCUGAGAUCACGGCCGAAGUUGCAGAGAAGGUCGGCAACAUCCAAUACGCCUUUUCCGGUGAUGACCACGACUAUUGCGAGCUCCUCCACUACAGAUAUCCCUCGGCAGGGGGCGGGAUCCGCGAAAUCACAGUCAAGUCUAUAUCAUGGUGCAUGGGAAUCCGCCACCCGGGCGUGCUUCUCGUCAGCAUGUGGAACCCAGUCGACGAGCACGGGAAACCACUAAACAACAACGGCCAACCCACCCUCCAAACCCACCUCUGCCUUCUCCCAGAUCAACUUGGCAUCUUCAUCCGCUACGCUGCUCUCCUCGGUGUAACUCUUCUCGCUCUCAGCUUCCGCGCCGCCCUCGUCACAACAGGCAUCCUCAAACCCUCCCUUACUUCUUCAAAAUCAGAUUCCACCCUCCUCCUCCCACUCACCAAUAGCAGUAGCAACGCGACACCAGACCAAGAGAAAGCACAUCUUUCCUCUUCAUCCAAUUCCUCGUCGUCUUCGGACCACGCCGCAAGAACACUCCAAGUCCGCACCGCGCAAGCCCGCACCCGCAGCGUUUCUCCGUCAAACGGCUACGGAUACGCGCUGCCAUCCCAGCAGCAGCAGGAUACUAGAACCCCUGGUUACCAUCUAUACACUCCCCCCGACGCCGCUGCCGCCGGUGAUGAAGAGGAAGAUAAAUUCGCAGCCAAGACCUGGGGUACCAGCAGUAGUGCUGCUGCUGCGAGGAACCACGCGAAAAAUAACAAGAAAGGGCUGGUUCUUUUCUGGGAUGAGUUCCUGAUGAGCGUUGGGAAGGUGGCUUUGUUUGUUUUUGCGUGGUAUUUCUUGUUGAUAUGGAGAUGGUGAUUUCCCCCCCUUUUUUUCCUCGUGAGUUGAUCAGUGGUAGUGGGGAUGAAUGGAAAAAAAAUCUCGCGAUCGAAGGGAAAAGAAUUGCGAGGGUCUGUCUGUCUGCUGGUUCCGCUGGCUGCGGUUAGUAUGGUAUGUUGGGAUAUGUGCUUUAUUUCUUUCUCUGGGCGAUGAUGAAUAGAUAGGCCUUGUACACACACUACAAUACACUCUUCUGAUACUUUUUCUUUUCCUUUUCUUGUCUUGUCUUUAAGACAGACCAGACCAACAAAUGUGUUCAAGCGAGCAGUGGAAUUCCAAAGACUGCAGGGAAAGUCAAACAUUCUCUGUACAUUUUAGAUGCUAUUCAGAAUGGAUUUAUUUAUCUUCUUUCCUUUCUUUGGGCUGUCAUUUUGCAUCACUGAAAUGAUGUAGAGGUUGUUAACAUCCUUAUUUCUUUUAGUACCUGCCUGUUUUUUUUUUUGUUCAUUGUUGUUAUUUUGUUCUGAUAGGGGGUUGAGUGAUGCAAUGUGAGAGAUCUGCAGCUCAACAUAUGACUGAUUAAUGACCCAAGUGAAAUAGCCUGACCAAGGAAGUGGUGAUUGUGUCUUUCACCUAU